AUGUUUUCGUCCCACAGGCCUCUUGUUAAUACCCCCCGAGAAGCUCGACGGGCCCAGAGAGGCACUGGGCUUGAGUUUACGCCGAUAGGGGCCAGCAGGAAACCCGUCAUGUCUACUAGCGGGUAUUUUCCCAUGCUGCAACGCAACAUGGCGCAGAAAACGAGCGCCGAGAACGGCUCGCCGGUCAAGCGAAGCAGCAUAACCAAUUCGUCUUUUGAUGAGACUUUUGACGUUCUAAAUGACGACAAUAGAGACACCCGUGUAUUUAGGGGAGCAGACAUUUUGCCUGAUUUCUCAGAUAAUGAAGAAGAGCCAAUAGCGCGCGAUGCCAAAGACCACGCGUUUGUGGAGAACGGCAGUAACUUGUUGCGGAAACAGCACGACCAGGUGCAGAGUUUGCAGGAAGAGAACCUGAAUCUGCGAAUCGAGCUGCUGACUCUGAGAAAGUACUUGGAAGGCCAGCCCAAAGACAAAGUCGACAUCAUCAAUCAGAACGUUGAGCUCAGCCAGGAGAACGUGAGUUUGAGAGAUAGAGUGGAAGCUUUGCAACAGCAGUUGCGAGGCGAAGACAAGGAGAAUCUGCUGUCACGCAAUGAGAAACAACUUCGGCACUACGAGCAGGAAAUCGAGAAAUAUGAGAUGCAACUUCGCGACUUUGAGCGUGUGAAACGCGAGCUGGAGGCUGAACGUCAGCGCGCGGACAAGAACGAGGACCGUGCACUUGAUCUACAGCAAGAGGUUCACGCAUUGAUGGACGAGAAAGACCAAUUACAAGCUUCGCACGAAAAGCUAGAAGCAGAGCUCCGAUCAUUGCGCUCGCGGUUGGAGGAUUUGCAGGACAAUAUCGACGACCAGUCGCGCUCAAAAAGCAAGAUAGACGACCUAGUGGACAAUUUGAACGACGCCAACAAGUUUAUCGACGAGAUUGGGAACAAGCUUGACGACAAAACGAGCGAAAACGCAGAACUCAAGCGCAAGAUUGAGAGUCUGGAAUCCAAAAACGAGGAUCUUAAGUCAAAGAACCACCGUUUGUCCGAAAUCCUGGACCAGCUCAAAGAUGAGAUUCGUCAUCUGGAAGACCGCAGAUCAAACAACACUAUACGCGAACUUGAAGACGAAAACAGGGACCUACGACAAGAGGUAGAAGAACUGUUCAGCCGCCAUCAACAAGAUACCAAGACCAUCACUAGUCUACAGUUACAGGUCCGCAGGCUGGAGUCAGAGACCGCAGACCACAUGGGCAACGAAUCGUAUAUCGAUGCCGUUGAGGAAGAGAAAAACACGCUGUACGACAACAUCAUCAAGCUGAAUGAGAAAUUGAAGGAUGCUGAACACAAAUGCAAGCAUUUGCAACGCGAGCUGGAGGUCAAAAGUAAAGACCUUGAAACCCGCGAAUUGGAGCUGCAACGGCUGAGGAAGCUUGAUCGCGAUGGCAGCAGAAAUGAUAAUAUGAUGGAUACGGUUGAAGAAUUACAGAACAAGCUUGUUGAAGAACGCAAUAAGUUUGUCAACGAGAUCGACAAGAUGGACUCCAAGUUUAUCAACGAAAAGAACGAGCUGUAUGCCGCGAUUGAAAAGCUGCAACGCGAAAAACUCGAGAUUGUCGAGGAUUUUGAGAAAAUUCAACGUGAGUACAACAAACUACUGGACCAGAUGCAUGAUUCGCGCGCAAGCUCUGAGUUACAGGAUCUCGAGCGCGACUUCAAAAAAUUAUCGUUUUCGUAUGCCACUAAAUGUCAGGAGCUGGAAGAUGUUAAGUAUGAGUCCGACUCGUUGGUGCGUGAUCUAAAGGAAGAGCUCUCUUACAAAGAGACCGAAACGAAAAGAUUGCAAUCGCGCAUCGAGCAAAUGACUGCUGAGCUUAAUGAGCAAACUGGCUUGCGCAAGUCUGAGAAUAAGAUUCAGCUCCGCGAGUUGAUGGAGGAUAAAAGGCUGUUGGAGGAGAAGUAUAAUGAUCUUUUGCGUGAAAACAAUCAGCUGAGACGACAGCUGGAGUCGCUAAAGGCCAGGGAAAUUUUGGACAAGCCAGAUAGCUUUGAGAUGAAGGAGCUACGCAGGGAGCGCGAUGGGUUGAAAACGGAGCUUUCCAUGAAGACGAAAGAGCUGGCCGAGCUGAAAUGGAAGCUGGACGAUGCUCUGGAGGAGCGGAAACAGCUUGUGGAGUCGAUUUCGUCGCUUGAUAGUGAUCAACAACGUGUCAGCGAGCAAAAUUCGAAACUCACCACUGAGCUCGAGGAUUUGAAAUAUAAAUUGAGCUCGCGGAGCUCGCAAAAAGAGCUGGAACUCAAGGAUAUGGAGAUCAAGAAGCUUGUGGACGACUACAAUGAAAUGAAGAACGACCUAUUGAACAGGUACGAUGCGCUUCAUAAAGAGAAGACUGCUCUUGCCCAAAAGUUAGACGAGAUGCGUGCUAGUCUCGAGCGCUCCCGGGCUGCGCAAGAAGUGCUCCUGAGCAAGCAGAUGAAGAAGACGGAAUACCCGCUUUCUCCCGUGAGUCCCCAACGCUCGCCAAAGUCGCAAGACCACUCGUCAGACCCGAGAGUCAACUUGCUGGAGAGCCAGAAACAGCUAUUCAAGAUCAAGUUGCAACAGUACAAGGACUGCAACUCUGAUCUCAGGUUUGUGACGAACUUUCUCACGCGCGAGCUGGAGAGUAAAGAGCGCGUCGUGGCCAGUCUUCAGAAACUGAGCGGAAUUAGCAAGGAAAAACCCCAGCUUACCUUCCGCGCUGUGGCCCUGGCUGUGCUUGCCAGCGUGAGGUUCAAGAGUCGACUGGAGCAAUUGAAGCAGAAAAUGACGGAGGAGCAACACGUGAAGAAGGCAAUUGGCCGCUAUAAGGAAGAGACAGUAGAUGCCUGA